AUGAGUGAAUUAGAAGGAAAGAGUAUGCUUUAUGAUAGCCCAGCUGCUAACAAUAAAUAUGUUGGUAAAAUGUGGAAAUAUCAGAAAAAUCGAGCUGAAUACAAAAGAAAAAUGAUGCUUAAAGAGAAGUUUGCCAAACAACUUGGAAUUAAAUUAUCUGCCAAGCCCGAUAAGAGCUUAGAAGUUCAAUAUGGUAUAAUUCGUAAUUCUGAAGAUGUAAGAAUUCGUGAAAAGGGUUACAACUUGCAUGCAUUUAAUGCACUUAUCUCUCAGAGAAUUGGAAAUCACAGAGAUCAGGAAUAUUUAAAAGAGAUAAUUUUAGUUGAUGACUUCAGUGAUUUGGAUGGAUUGCAUGAUGACCUUCAAAAAGUUGUAAACAAACUAAAUAGUAUGAUUAGAAAGGAUGAGGAAAUGUUAGAAACAAAUAACAUAGAUGGAGAAAAUUUUGUUGAUUACAUAGACGAUGAUGAUAAUAAUGUUAAUGUAGAUAAGAAAUCAAGUGAUAAACAACUGAGUUUGAGAAAUGUGGUAAAUAUAAGAUUACUAAGGACAAGUAAAAGAGAGGGGUUGAUUCGCGCGAGAUUAUAUGGUGCUGAUAAUAGUGUUGGUGAGGUAUUAGUGUUCUUGGACUCACAUAUAGAAGUUAACGUGGAUUGGCUGCCGCCGCUGCUAGCACGACUCUCUGAGGGAGUUGAUGGGAUUUCUACGCGAUAUUCUCCUCGGGCUGUUGCUCCCAUAAUUGAUGUUAUUAAUGCUGAUACAUUUGAGUAUACCGCGAGUCCCUUAGUAAGGGGCGGUUUUAAUUGGGGCCUUCAUUUUAAAUGGGACAAUUUACCAAAGGGUACGUUAAAGGAACUGGAAGAUUUUGUGAAACCUAUUAGAUCACCUACUAUGGCGGGGGGACUGUUUGCAAUUUAUCGGGAAUAUUUUAACUAUAUUGGGAAAUAUGAUCCGGGAAUGAAUGUCUGGGGUGGUGAGAACUUGGAGAUAUCUUUUAGGAUUUGGAUGUGCGGUGGAGUCCUAGAGCUUAUUCCAUGUAGUCGGGUUGGUCACGUGUUCCGAAAAAGAAGACCGUAUGGACUCGGUGAGAAGGAAGAUUAUAUGGUGCAUAACUCUAUGCGAAUGGCGCGCGUGUGGAUGGAUGAAUACGUGAAAAAAGUCAUAGAGCACAACCCGGCAGCUGCAGAUGUUCCCAUUGGCGAUAUUUCAGAAAGGAUAGCAUUGAGGAAACAGCUUAAAUGUAAAUCUUUCAAAUGGUACCUGGAUAACGUUUAUCCCGAACUUGAGACUGGGGAAGAUAACGCCGCUAAACGGAGAAUGGUAGCGCUUAACGAUCCAGAUAAGAACAAAUUUCAACCGUGGCAUUCUAGGAAGCGUAACUACACAGAUUCGUUCCAAAUUCGUCUGAAAAAUACUACCUUGUGUGUACAGGGUGCCAAGGAUAUCAAAAGUAAAGGUAGUGGAUUGGUUCUUGCCAACUGCAUAAGGACUUUAAAUCAGAUGUGGUUUGAAACUGAUCAUCACGAGUUGGUUCUUGGUCGCACUCUUUGUCUGGACGCCACUAGCAAUGUGUCACCAGUGUUGGGAAAAUGCCAUGAGCUAGGAGGUUCUCAGGAAUGGAAGCAUAAAGGAGUUGCUGGAAGUCCCAUCUACAAUACGGCUGCUGGUAUGUGUUUAGGUGUGGAGCGAGCUUAUCGCAGUGAACCGUUACUUAUGGUCAUAUGUGACAACCAACAAACAAAUCAAUGGGAUUUUAUACGUUCUUAG